CCUUCCCGUGCCAACAGCAAAAUCCAACCGUAUUGUGAGAGAAGAGCCGGGAUUGACUGACAGUCAAGUUCGUUGAUUGGUAUUCUACAGUAACGUUGUGGUGGUCAAGGCCGUUUCGUUUGUUUGUUUGUUUGUUUGUUCGUUCGGUUGCCAGAGAAGCACUCGUCCAUAGGAAUUUCUCUCGACGUCGAGCGCCAGAGCGCACCUCUUCGAAUUAUUCUUCAGGAACCCGAGUCUACGCCUUGCCCUUUCUACCGUCGCUACGUCUCCGCCACGCUAACACCGUGGUAACGUAAUACUGACGGCUUUCCGGGUAAGCGUGUGAAAGAUGCAGUCACUCGUAGAUAAUCUUUGUCGAUGUUGGGACACCGCCGGUACCAAGGCAGCAGUGUCCCCACCGGCAACUCCCACCGUCUGGUCCGAGUGCAUAGCGGCAUCUGACGUUCCCGAAGUGGGGGAUUUAUCCCUACCGAUAUCGCCCACGCGACAGUCCACCUUUUCUUCCAACGCAACCCCGGAUAUGAAACGACGGACCCGAAGUCUCGCACUAAGAGACAAACAGUGGGAUGCCUUGUUUGAAGGCCAACAACCGCAACGCUCCCCAACAACCCCGUCGCGACCCACCUUGAUCAAUAUCGAGCCCCGGAGAUAUCGUUCGGAAUCGGCGGUGACGAAAGAACCAGUCCGUUCGGAAAAGGCUUUGGCUACACCGGCGCAAAGACACCCCGGGGCCAAACGAAAACGUCCCGCCGACAUUUUUCGGACCAAGCCACGGACACCCUCGCGCUCGGGAUCCGUCGGUGCCAACGCUACCAACUCCUUUUCACGAUUUCUGUCCCGGAAUCCCGCCCUCGCCAGCACCUUGUGUUUCGCUUCGCCGGUACACAGCAACGCCGAACCCGAGGUCGUGCCGCUCGACGAAGUUACCAGUGUCGUGUCGGAUUCCCACACCCUCCAUACCCAAGACGAUACCAUUGCCUCGACGGUCUACUACGAAGAAGUCAAACUGGCGGGAAUGCAACAGCACUCGCCGCUCAUGCCGUUGUUUCCCGAAACGAGCAUCCGGGACGGUGACAUCAUCAGACUCAGCGACCCCGACGAACGGCGACGUACACGCACCUCGCCAGUGGUACCUUCGGCACACGUCCUAGCUUGGAAAGAGCCCACAUUAGCGGAUUCCCGGCAGCCGCAUGGCGGACCGGAUGCUUCCCUUCCACCCAUGACCAAAAGUAGUAGCGACAGUACCCGCCAAUCGGAUGCUUAA